AUAGUAAAUCUUCUGUCGUUGAGUUUAAAGAAUUUCUAUCCCAAUACUUGUAUUCACCUUUAAAUGUAGCAACUGCAGUUCCGAAGCAAAGUACUACUACACCUUCCAUAGUGGAGACACAAAUUCAAAGCGGCGAUCCGCAAAGCUCACUAGUUACUUCAGAUACUGAACCUAGGGUUUUGAGCGUCCCUGAUAUUAUAGAUUUCAAUUUAAAGGUUUUAUUUGUUGGGAUUAAUCCAGGAAAACGUAGCGCAGAAACUGGUCAUCACUUUGCACAUCAUUCUAAUCAUUUUUACCCAUGCCUUGUUGAAUGCGGCGCGACAAACAAUGAGAUAAUUACAUAUAAAGAUGAUAAAACUUUAAUAAAACGAUUUAAAAUUGGAAUUAUUAAUGUUGUAAGUCGCUAUACGCGUUCUUCUGCCGACCUAUCGACAAUUGAAUUACGUGACGGUAUUCCAUCAUUGUUACAAAAAGUAAAAUUUUAUAAACCAAAAAUUCUUUGUUUCAUAGGAAAAUGUGCAUUCGAUGCAUUUGAAUAUACUAUUCAAUCUAAUGGUAUAAAAAAGAAAUCUAAAAACUUUGGAUUACAAUCUUAUCAAAUAUUUUGGAAUGAUGAUGAUUAUGAAAGAAAAGAUGAUUAUACCAAAGUUUUUGUAAUCCCUUCAACUAGUGCUAGAGUUAAACAUUAUCAAAAAUCUGAUAAACUAAAAUAUUUUAAAGGAUUAAAAGAAUUGAUGGAUCAAUAA